UCGAUAGUCGAUAUUUGGAUAUUUCGUAAUUCACAAAUAAUGUUUUUGUCGACAUUGUUGUUGUUGACAUUAGUGGUGACGUAAAUACACAUUUGUGUUUUAAGCGUUUAAGUCGUAAACAGAAAGAGUUGUUUCUCCAUUUUCUUACUCCCUUGCACGAAUCUGUUUUCCUAUUGUUUGAUGUGAAAGUGUGUCAGAAUGCCAUAAAAGGGUGGUGGAUACUAUAAACCAGGAUUUUGUGAGCUCAGAGCAGUGUACAAGCAGCCGCACUGAAGUUGAAAAAAAAAAUGCUGCGCAUUAAUGGAUGUGAGGUGAUGGAAUGUGUAAGCUGUAUUAAGCGAGAAGAGGAUGAUGGAGCUCUUAGGCCAUUUUAUACUGACCAACAGUGUACCCAGAUGUUGGUAGCAAUUAAGGAAGAGCCGACAGAUAAUUACCUGGAAGGUUGGGAGGAACUGGAGCUUGUUCCUGUAAAAGAGGAAGUAAAUCCAGAAACACCAAUUCCUUUUAGAGAAAUUGAAUCUGAUAUAUCUGAAGAUGAUGCACUGCUGGAGAAAAGUGUUGAUGGCUAUAUGGUUGUCAAUACAAAGGAGGGUGGCGAGACGUGCCCAUCAGUUAAUGGUCCCAGAGUCUUAAAUGGUGAUUCUGACAGAUUACUUCAAAAAAAGAAGGACCACAAAACUGUCGAAGCCACUCCGAAAGCUGUCAGAAAGCGACGCAGGCGCAAAUCGCAUUACAGCAGACAUCUUUCGGACAGGCCUUACCAGUGUAAAAUUUGCCAGAAAUGUUUCCGAAAGCCCGAACAUUUACGCUGCCACGAAUUGUUCCAUUCAGAUGAACGGCAGUUUUUGUGUGACACUUGUGGCAAAGGUUUUUUUACCAGCGGCGAUCUUAAGAGGCACGGAGUAGUCCAUACGGGAGAGAAACCUUACUCCUGUCCCAUCUGUUCGAAGACUUUCACGCAGUUGUGCAACAUGCAGUCACAUCUCAGAAAACGAUGCCAGAUAAAAGGGUACGGCUGUGAUCUGUGCAACAGGAUGUUUGAGGAUCAGGAGGCUCUCCAGAAACACAAGGCAAAUCACGGUAAGGUGCCGUACCGCCACAACAAGCGGAGGAGACCGUUCUGCCGGGACUUGCCGCCAUUCAUUUGUGACAUGUGCUCCAUGUGUUUUUCUAACAAACGAAAUUUAAUAUCCCACAUCAAAGUGCACAUGGGAGAUCUCAAGGCCAUGAUCACAUGUGAGAUUUGUGGUAAGAACUGUGCUCGGAGGGAACGCUUGAUCGUGCACAUGCGAAGCCAUACGGGAGAAAAACCUUUUUCGUGCAGUGUAUGUGGGAGAGCAUUUUCUCAGCAAUGUAAUUUAAAAAAGCAUGAAGCUUUACAUUUGCCUGACUAAUAAUUAGGAGACAAGGUUGAUAUACUGUUAUGUAUAAGGGCACAUUUCAGUUGUAGGAUAAUGUAGUACAUAUAUUGUAGCAAAACAUAAUCCUUUGCCCUGGUGAGAAAUUAAACUGCCUUUUAAUUAUAAUAAGACUGAAUAAAUGACCUAAUAAUAAACAUUGUAAUACUUUCAUUAGCACCAAAAUGCAUGUCAGAAUAUUUGCAAAUUUUAGUAGCUGUUCCUUUUUUGUGGCUCAUGUUCAUUAAUGUAGAAGAAACCUAUAUUAUUUAUUUAACAAUGAAAAUAAUCAAUUAUUGACAAUUUAAUGUAAAUGGAUAGGAAAAAAAAAAUCCACUCGCCAAGGGAGGGCAGGAGAACACACGCGCAAAAAGGUUUAACUUUUACAAGCUUUCGGAGCCAGUGGCUCCUUCUUCUGGCAGAAGAGUUUAAGGGGGAAGGAUGAGGGGUGAAGGAAAAGGUGUAGAGUUCAGAAAAGUCACCCAGAACCUUGGGUCAGGGAAGACUUACUGGAUGGGAUGAGAAGGCAAAAAUCUCAAACCGUCCAGUAUGUCUCCCCUGACAUGAGGUUCUGGGUGGCUUUUUCUGAAAUGUACCCUUUUCUUAAACCUGUCCAGUUCUUUUCCUUAACCCUUCUUCCUCCCCUUUCAACUCUUCUUCCAUAAGAAGGAGCCACUGUCUCCGAAAGCUUGUAAAAGUUAAAACUUCUUGUGUGUGUGUUCUCCUGCCGCCACUUGCUGGCUAUAUUUAUUGUUUUUUGGUAUAUGAAUGAGGAAUGGUAGUGAAUUGAAUUGUUUGUUUAUGUACAUUUUUAUCUGUUGUUACAAAAUCACCCACAUAAAGUGUUUUUUUUUAUUUAUAUUAUGUCUUCUUGAUAUUAUGCAAAUUCCUUUGAUGAAUGGAAUGUGCGUGGCAAGUGGGUACAUUGACAGUAAUCCCAGUGAGAAAUGAGAGAUAAGUAAUCCCAGUAAAAAAGAAAGAUAUGAGAGGGAAGAGAGUGUGGUUGGUGAUAAUCACAGCAAACAAAUUAGAAUAUAAGAAAAUGCCACAGAAAUAGUUUUUGAGGUCUACUGAGGUUUAACAUUCAACGUGAUAAUCUUCUGUAUCUUAACAAAUGACCAUUAUACCCCUGGUUUCUUCUAAAACUUCUUCCCCACUUACUAUUGCUUUGGAAUUUAGACUUGCUUGAGAACCCCGUUAACAGCUUGUGUGUUCUCUUCACCAAUACAGACAUUAAUCAGAAUAUGUUAACAAUUCCUUGGUUCAAUAUACAAAAUAUCAAUGGAAACCAGUGUUCAUUUUUACAUUCCUGGUGACGAGCACCCAUUGUUCAUAUAUCUACAGUUUAGAAGUCAGUGCAUCUCCAAGGCAAGCCAGCGAUUGAUAAAAUAUUCAUUUCUGUGUCCGAGCAGCUAUCUCGUCUCGCGGUUCCACUGCAGCCAUCAGCUUGUAUAAAAUGUUUCAUCCCUCAAUAUAGCUAACCAUAUACAAAAUAAAAAUACCUCUACAUGCAACAUCAUCUUUUAUAACUUUUAGUUGUGAGUGUUAUUUAUUGAUGAGAAGUCCGCCCCGGUAGCUGAGUGGUCAGUGUGAUGGAUUGUCAAUCCUCGGGCCUGGGUUCGAUUCCUGGCUGGGUAAGGGACUUUUUCUCUGCCCAGGGACUGGCUGUUGUGCUGUCCUCAUCAUCAUCCUAUCAUCCUCGUCGACUGCAGGUCGCCGAAGUGGCGUCAAAUUCAAAGACUGGCACCCGGCGAACGGCCUGCCCAUUGGGGGGGGUGGGGGGGG